AUGUCAGAGCAACAACGACAAUCCGGAGUCUCCGAUAAGGAAAUUCAGCCUUAUCGCAUACAUGUAUCGAGUAAAUAUCUAGAUAUUACGCGUCAGAAGCUGGAGCUUACCCGACUACCUCAUGAGCCGUCUUCUAAAGAUUGGUGGGAGCCAAAGCCUCAAGUUGAAUCUCUAGUUGAUUUCUGGCAAGAAUCAUUCUUGUGGCGGGAUCACGAAGAAGAGCUCAACAACACACUUUCACAGUUCAGAACCAGCUUCCAGACUUCCACACCGCCAACACCUGUCCGGAUUCAUUUCAUCCACACUCGUUCACCUCAUGCAAACGCCAUUCCUCUUCUCUUGAUACCGCCUUUCCCUCUCACUAAUCUUUCACUUGGUCAUCUUGUUCAACCCCUCAGUGACCCUGAAGAUGCCGGGGGCGUCCGGCCCUUCCAUGUCGUGAUCCCAUCAUUGCCUGGGCUAGGGUUCAGUGAUACCUUGCCCCCCAGUGCUCCCCCGGUUUCUACAACAGCGAAAUUGUUGGAUGACUUGAUGAGAAGAUUGGGUUAUGAACACUACAUCGCCAGCAACGCCGGAUCUGCUUCUAUUUCCCCAGCUGCCAUUGACUGGAGACUGGCCCGACAUCUCUCGAACAACUUUCCAGAAUCUUGCUUAGGAUUCCAUAUGAUUGCACCUCCUCUUACAUCCCCUACACUUUCAGAUUCAGCAAGCGAAUGGCUCAAGUGGAAAGUGGCUCGUAUCCUAAGCUCUCCAGUUCUUGGAUAUACCAAGGACGAUAUCACGGCUACACAGAAGCGGAAGACGUCACGGCUGGACAAGAAGAAAUCUGCGAUCAAUCUGGGGCAAGAUGCCCGCGAAGAUUACGAGCCCAACACCCUCUCUUAUGCCCUCUGCGACUCGCCUACCGGCUUACUGCUCUAUGUGCUAAAGGUCCUUCGCAGCGUGGGUCCUAAGAAAGAGCUUUCACAAAAGGACAUCAUCACCCUCACUUGUCUGAUUUGGCUGCCCGGUCCCGAAGCUGCUCUCCGAUUUUGGGCACAGUGCGGUUCAGAGAUUGAACCCGUGGAGGGAAAGAAACAUGCUAAGAAGCCAAAGGUUGCCAUUAGUGUGUUCAAUGGCGACGAAGACCAGAGUGAAGAGCAAAAAAUACUGCCUCGACCUAAAAAGGUAAGCUAUUCUUGCCCCGCCUGGGCGAACAAGGACUACCAGGUGGUGCAUCUGAACCGAGCUUCUGGAACUCCCGGGUUCUUAGCUUGGGAUCGACAAGAUGUGAUCCUGGAUGGAGUGCGCGGUCUAGCCAAGGCAAUCCUGGAAAAGGAUAAGAGAAUGCAGGCUGCGGAACAACCUGGAGCAACGCUUCAGAACCAGCUUGAAACACAAGACGGUCGUAUAGCUCAAGCGGAUCUAUCCGGAACGACUGUGCAGGAGCCAAAGGCCAGUCCCAGCGAGGGUCCAGUCAAGCAGGAACUGCCAAAGCCGAUAGAGGACGAGAAUCAACAUCUGGUUCCUCCACCAGCGACCUCGCAUGGAGGCGCUAACUGA